CUCCCCGCCGCCAUCUUGUGCCCGCCUGAGGGCCCUCGACAAAGCAGCGAGUGGGAAUUUCUUCGGUUUUUCCCCUUGAGACAUGGCUGUGGUGCCACGGGAGAGCUCCCAAAGGACGAGAGAAGGGGAUCCUUCCCUUCGGAAAAACCGUGUUGAAAAUGAAAGAGAUGCUGCAAAAAGAUGGGCUGAGAAAUGGGGAUUUUUGAAAACACCUCUUGAAGAGUUGCUUGGACCUGAAAAGAAAGAAGCUGCAAAGCCCAAGCUACAGCUUCCAGAUCACCUGCAGGUUCGACCUGUGACACCUGUGGAAAAAUACAUUAAGGUGCUUCCAUCUCCUCCAGUACCUAAAACGACCCAGGGAUUUAUUGGCUGGAGAUCAGGUGUUCCAGCACUGGCUCUUGAGCACGAUUAUCAAGUCCAAAGCUGCAAAGGAUCUGUCAUUAGAAUGAAGUGACCAUGUGAGUCUUCUAAGUGACAUUAUGAAAUAAAGAGGCACAAAGAUUCAUCUGCAUUCCUAAGAAAAUAUCCUGGAGUGGACUGUUGUGCAUUUCUAUUCUUUCUAAAAAUCCACAAUCAUUUUGGUAAAGUGUGAACAUUUUCAUUUUACUUCAUUGAAUCUAUGGCAUCCAGGCUAACUCUGCUUCAGAGCUUCUGCUUGUAACUUAGAAAUAACAAUGAAUAGACUCAGAUAAAGGUCACAGAGCACAUACUAUUUUUAUUAGCACUAAUAAGACCGUAAUUUAAAAAUAUUAAUUGGAAACUGGAAUGACAAUGCAAAUUAAAAUAAUUAUUUCACCAUG